GGCGGCGGGGGCGGGGCCCGCCUCACCCGGAAUGAAUACUAACGGCGGCCGCAGCCGCAUCCGGGCACUCCGCAGGUCGAGGCGGCGCGGCGGUGGCGCAGGAUGGCGCAAAAGAAAUAUCUCCAAGCAAAACUGACCCAGUUUUUAAGAGAAGACAGAAUUCAACUUUGGAAACCUCCAUAUACGGAUGAAAAUAAGGAAGUCGGUUUGGCAUUGAAGGACCUUGCUAAGAAGUACUCUGACAAGCUGGAAUGCUGUGAAAACGAGGUAGAGAAGAUCAUAGAAGAAAUACGCUGCAAAGCGGUCGAGCGUGGCACAGGAAAUGAAAAUUACAAGACCACGGGAAUGGCCACCAUCGAGGUGUUUUUACCUGCACGGCUCAGAAAAGACAGGAAGAAGCUCUUGGAAACUCGGUUACACAUCACUGGCAGGGAGCUGAGAUCGAAAAUAGCUGAAACCUAUGGAUUCCAAGAAAAUUAUAUCAAAAUUGUCAUAAAUAAGAAACAACUGCAACUAGGGAAGGCGCUGGAGGAGCAGGGCGUGACGCACAACGUGAAGGCCAUGGUGCUGGAACUGAAGCAGUCCGAGGAGGAUGUCAGGAAGGACUUCCGGGUUCAAGAGGAAGAGCAAAACGAAGCUGAACAAAAGGAAAAGAAGAUUCAGAGGACGAAGAGGGGACUGGAGAUCCUGGCAGAGAGAGCUGAGACAGUGGACCCUGAAACCAUGCCGUACUUGGAAAUAGCUAACCAGACGGGCAGGUCCAUCAAAAUUCCUCCGUCAGAAAGAAAAGCUCUCACCUUGGCGAUGGGCUAUCAUGAGAAGGGCCGAGCGUUUCUGAAGAGAAAAGAAUAUGAAAUAGCCUUGCCUUUCCUUCUGGACGCCGACAGAUACUUCUGCCAGUGCUGCCCGGAGCUGCUGGACACGGUGGACAACUACGCGGUGCUGCAGCUGGACAUCGUGUGGUGUUACUACCGCUUGGAGCAGCUGGAGUGCCUCGACGACGCGGAAAAAAAACUAAACUUGGCCCAGAAUUGCUUUAAAAAUUGCUAUGGAGAAAAUCACCAGCGACUGGUCCACAUAAAAGGAAACUGUGGGAAAGAGAAGGUGUUGUUUUUAAGACUUUACUUGCUUCAAGGUAUCCGCAAUUAUCACAGCGGAAAUGGUGAGGAGGCUCGGGAGUAUCUCAACAAGGCUCGCCAGCUCUUUAAGGAGCUCUAUAUCGACCCGACAAAAGUUCACAACUUGUUGCAGUUGGGGUUCACUGCCCAGGAGGCCCGGCUUGGCCUCAGGGCCUGUGACGGGAAUGUGGACCACGCAGCCACCCACAUCACCAACCGCAGAGAGGAAUUGGCCCAGAUCCGGAGGGAGGAGAAAGAGAAGAAAAGACGCCGCCUGGAGAACAUCAACUCUCUGAAAGGGAUGGGCUACUCCGCUCACGCCGCCAGGCAGGCCCUCCACCAGGCCAGCGGGAACCUGGACGCUGCCCUGAAGAUUCUUCUCAGCAACCCUUACAUGUGGCUCGGUGACUUCGGCCCUGAAGCCAACAACCAUCAGGAAAGCCCCUCCCAGGAAAAUAUCGACCAACUGGUGUACAUGGGCUUCGACACGGUCGUGGCCGAAGCCGCCCUGAGAGUGUUCAGGGGGAACGUCCAGCUGGCGGCUCAGACCCUGGCACACAACGGAGGGAGCCUCCCUCGCGACCUGCAGCUGGUGGUGGGGGACUCAACACCGUCCACGUCCCCUUCCGACUCUGCGUCCCCCUCGGACUCUGUGUCGCCCUCCGAUUCUGCAGGCACCUCCAGCGCCUCGACAGACGAAGACAUGGAGAUAGACGCCGUCAACGAGAUCCUGGAAGACAUCCCGGAGCACGAGGAGGACUACCUGGACUCCACCCUGGAGGAGGAGGAGAUCAUCAUUGCGGAGUACCUGUCCUAUGUAGAAAGUAUAAAGGUGGCGGCGAAGAAAAACUGAAUGACGAACAGAAAGAAGCACUAAGUUUCUGCUCAUAAACUCUAUCGUUACGAAAAGUCUAA